UGGCAGACCCGGGAACUUUGACAGAAAAAUGGCGGCUUCUGCAGAUUCUAGGAUGAUUCGUCAAAUGAAGUCACUUAUUUACCACGUCUGAAACACACAAGAACCACCAUGCCGCUACUUGGGAAAAGUCAGGACGCCAGAGAGUUCAAACGUCUGCAGAAGGCCCGUGUGAAGGCUCAGUCUAACAACAACACCAAGGAGGAGGCAGAGAUCUGUAACCAGCUGGGGGAACUUCUCGCCAAACAUGGUGAAUAUGAGGAGGCUAUAGAAGAACAUCGUAAUGAGCUCCACUUGUCCGACUCCAUCGGAGACAUCUUGGGCACCGCCAUCGCUCAUCGUAAAAUCGGAGAGUGCCUAAGCAGCCUGGAUCGCUUCGAGGAUGCGGUGAAACACCAGAAGUCUCAUUUGCGGCUGGCGAGGUCCCUGGCCAAUCACGUGGAGGAGCAGCGUGCCCUGGCGACCCUGGGCAGGACGUACCUGCUGCAGGCUGACAGUCUGAUGGGGACAGAAGGGGCCACGGCCGCUCUGAUUAAAGCUCAGCAGGCCUUCCUGAAGAGUCUGGACGUGUGUGAUCUGCUGAGGGAUGUGGUACCCAUCAGUGACUACAACGAGAUGAGAGCUCGUCUGUUCCUGAACCUGGGAAUUGUGCUGGACAACAAGGGAGAUGACUCUGGGGAAUGGAGGGCCUUCAUCAAGAAGUGUAUCUUCAUCUGCGAGAAGCACAAGCUGCUAGAAGACCUGUAUCGUGCCCACUACACUCUCGGUGAUAUCUACCAGCGCAGGGGUUACCCUGCACAGGCCCUGCGCUCCAUAGAGGCAGCACUGCAGUGUGCCAAGAAGAUGAAAGACAAGUUCAUAGAGAGUGAAUGUCUGGCGAGCACAGCACAGAUCCACCUCCAUCUGGGAGACUGGUCGGCAGCCAAGCGGGCCCUCAGGAAGGCUUACAAGCUGGGCUCUCUGUUAGAUAAGGACCGCCACAGGAUCAUUAGCUGUCUCAGGACAGCCAUCAAGGGCUGUCAGCUGUUGCGUGAGCUGGGUGAGUUGGGUGAGGAGGACCACCAGGGCAGGAUGUGUGUGUAUGAGAAGCUAGGAGACACCAGUUCUGAUCUGGGCCUGUACAGUAAGGCUGUGGAGUACUAUAAUAAACAGCUGUCCUGUGCACAGCUCCAGAAGCCAGCCCGUCAGAUGGCAGUUAUUCACUACUCCCUGGCUGCCAGCUAUGCAGACAUGAAGGAGUUUGGCAAGGCAGUGGACCACUACAGACAGGAGCUUCAGUAUAGGAAGGGCAAUGAUAAAGAGGAGUGUAAGACCUUGCUGCUAUUGGCCCAGGCCCUAGAGGAUGAUGGGAGUGGGUACAGCCAGCUAGAAACUGUAUACCAGCAAGCUUUGCAGGCAGCAAGGCAGACAGAUUCUGUCAAACUCAAGAUCCGUGUGUUGAAACACUUCUGCAUCGUACAAGAACAGUUUGGCGUAGACAGCGCGGACCUGCGGGAGGAGUUGAGCUGUGUGCGUGAUGAGAGCGGCGUGGCCUCGGGGGAUGAGAGCAGUGAUGAGGAAGCUGAGUCAGACAGAGGAGGCAGUGAGUCUGUGGAGGAAGUGGACUUGUCUGCAUCAGAUGACUCUGAGAAUGAGGAGUAUGAUCGAGGCACCACAGGGAGGGCCAGGAAGGGUUGGAUGAACCGUAAGAAUGAGAAAGGGGAGUCCAUGUUACACAGGGCCUGCAUCGAUGGGAACCUGAAGCUGGUGAAGUCGCUGGUGGAGCAGGGACAUCCUGUCAACCCUCGGGACUACUCCGGCUGGCUGCCACUGCACGAGGCCUGUAACCAUGGAUACCUAGACAUAGUGGAGUAUCUGGUAGACCACAGUGCAGCUAUGAAUGACAGAGGAGGGGAACACUGCGAGGGGAUCACCCCCCUGCAUGAUGCAGCCAUCUGUGGACAUGGGGACAUCGUGCAGCUGCUGGUCAGCAAAGGGGCCAAUGUGCUGGCCAAGGACGAUGAGGGCCGUACCCCCCUUGAUGCCAUGGUUAGUUGGAGACAGUCCUAUGAGAAGGAGUUGGAUGAAGAGGCUCUAAACCUCGCACUCAGGACUGAGAGGGUCCUGAGAACAGCCAUGAAGGAAGGAAACCCCCCUGUAGCCCCUCUCCGGUCCAGAGCAGCCCUCCACGAUGACCUCUUUGAUGAUGAAGACACAGAAUCUGCCAACCCUGACCUUGCAGUACCACAACAGGUCUCUAGGAGGCAACCUCCAAGCAGGGAAGGAACCAACAGCAAUAGGAGAAAGGAAACGGGUAGAACAUUGCAGAGAAGUAGACCUCAGGGCCAAAAACAAAGGGUUGACAAAAGAAGCCAUGUCUUUGGCUGUGUUGAGUCAGAUGACAGUGAAGCAUCCAAUGAUGUUGACUCUUAUUCAGGUAGAAGUUUAAGCCAAAGUCAGCCAGUAUCUGACAUAGACACAUUCCAGUCUUUCUCAGGAAACAGCACACCUACCUCAAGCCAGGUACCCAGGGAGGAAGAGUAUGAGGAUGAUUUUGUCGAACUGAGACCGGCAAGAACUAAGCAGAGAAAUAGGGUUGUUCGUACAAGAGCGGUCAAUGAUCAUGGUUUGGAAGAAGAAAGAUUUGGUUCUCGGUUAGAGCCAGAAGUACAUUUAGGUCAUAAUCUCCAAGAGGAGACAGAUACAGUAUCGUUAUUAGACGACCCAACAAACGUGUACCAACAGGCCAUGGCUUCCGUAGGGCGUAGUGCUGUCAGGCGUGAACUCUCACAGAUCUCGCAGCGACCGCAAGACCAGGAGGAAGCCGUGCCCAACCACACGCCGGCUCUUAUCAAUGAGGAGGACUACACGGGAGGGGAUGAUUGGUUAGUCGACGAUGUCGUCCAGAGGCCGGCAAAGCGCCAGAAGCUGAGCUGUGAUUUCAGUGAAGGAAACCAGACCAGAAGUGUCGGCAGUAGAAAACCGUCCACUGGGAGUGGUGGAGAAGGGGAGGUCAGUAGUGAUGCAGGUGUUGCCAGUAGAACUCAGACUCGAGGGGGCUCAAGUAGCAGAACCACUGGUAGAAACCGGCUGAGUCGCCCCAAGAGACAAACCCAGCUGACCCUGACCGGUAUGGGGGUGAGACAACAGGACAGGAGACAGGAUUCCAACAUGGUGGAUCUAACAGAAGGGUCGCAGGUGUUCCAAGGCUCUGUCUCACGAGAGGACACUGUUGUCCCAACUCCCCAGGUGCACAGUGCAGCGGCUGCACAGGUGCCCAUGAGGUUGAGGGUGAAAGUUCAGGACAAGACCUUUCUCAUACCCAUUCCUAACAGUGACAGCAGUAAGUCCAUAGGCUGGCUGGCUGAGCAGGCUUCUCAGCGCUACUACAACACGUGUGGCCUGCGCCCCAGGCUGGCGCUCCACACCAGGGAAGGGGCCAUGCUGGAGGCUCAUGAUGCCAUCUCUGACGUGCUCUCCACCAAUGAAGAGGUUGUUGCUAGUGUCCAGUCCUGGGACUUACCCCCACUCCCAGAGAGGUACAUCAAGGCCUGUGAGAACUCUAACUCAGCUGUCCAUCCCAGAGUGCGUGCCCUGUGUGAGUCCCAGCAGACUUCAGCCAGCCUGAGUGCCUCCAGUCUGGGCCUCCGUCUGCCCCAUCUCUCCCCCCUGCUCAGUGCACUGCAGUGUCAGUACUGCAUCAAAACUCUGGUCCUGGCUAGCAACAGGAUUGGGGACAAAGGUGCCCAUCUCCUGGCCUCAGCUGUAGUGACCCUGCCCAGCCUGGUCCAGCUGGACAUCUCCUGUACCGGACUGACCCAUGCCGGACUGACCACCAUGGCAGAGGUGCUGGGAGGAGACCAGGGGACCACAGGGCAGCAGAACAUGGCCCUGCAGUCUGGGAAACCUCUACAGCACCUGGAAGAUCUGAACCUUGGUUUCAACUCACUGGGAGACAGCUGCACUCUGCCCCUGGCCAGACUUGUGCAGGCAUGCCCCCUACUGACGGUACUGCAUCUCCAGUCCUGCUGCCUGAGUAUGAAGGUUUUUCAGCAGCACCGCAGACAGCUCAUGGAUGGGCUGAAAGGAGCCCUGCACCUCCAGACCCUGGACAUAUCCCACAAUCCCCUGGGCUCCACGGGGGUGGAGCUGCUGCUGAAGUGUCUGGCGCAGGAUGUGGUGACCUCACUUGACCUCCGCGGAGUCAUCGCCACCUCCAGUAACAACCACCUGGCCAGACAUGUCUCCUUGUACCUCGCUCAGCCUGACUGUGUGCUGAAGCACCUGAGUGUGGCUGAUAACUACCUGUGUGAUGACAUGCUGGGGGAGAUUACCAGAGCCCUGCAGUCCAACCCCACCCUACAGUCCCUACAAGUGUCCACCAACUGUAAGCUGGGGAACCAGACGCUCCAGACCAUCCUUGAGACCGUCCAGUCAGGGGUACCUUUACAGGAGCUGGACAUGUCAGGCUGCGGACUGACCGCUCCCCUCAGCAACACAACCCUGGAUCUGUUAGAACAAGCCACUGUAGGGCUCAGGAAGUUAAGGCUGUGUGGGAAUAAUCUGAAGAAAGGGGACAAGGACCAGGUUGUUGAUCUGUGGCGUAUGAAGUGGGGAGGGAAAGCUGUUGAGUAUGUGGAGAGAAGCAGCUGCAUGCUUGGUGUGGCAGAGGAGGGGUAGGGAAGUGGAGUCUGUACUAUACUUGAAGACAUCCAGGCCAGUCUUUGCAUUAAAAGGACAAUAAAGCAAAUCACUGUUAUUUCUUAUAACCCCAUCUUACAAAGUGUCUAAUAUGUUACAAAUUUGUCAAAUGUGAAUGGACAGUGUUUGCGAUGCCAACUUCUUGCAAGCUCUCAAUAUCAUGUUGAUAUUGAAUGACAAUGUGAUAUUACUAUCACCAGAUGUUAAGUUCUGAAGUGUUCAGCUUGUAACACCAAAGAGGUUCAUCAUUGUAUAUUUUGAAAAAGUAUGUGUAUGUAUAUAUAUUAAGGUAAAGUAUAUAAUGCAGAAAUGAGAUGAAUUUUGCAAGAACUUGCAACAGUUCUUUGGUAAUCUCAAAAGUGUAGACUUUUUUCUUAGAAUUGAUUCUCAUGAACUAAAGUGAAGGAUAUUUCUUUUACAACCAUCCUCAGGCAGUGACACUGAUUAAACAGGAUCCAUUUAACAUGUUUGGAACUUCGGUGGAAUAAGAGUUAUAAAUCUCAUGGUUAGACAUUUCAUCCUAUAAGUAACAGCUAAGCAAAAGAUUCCUUUAAUUUGUACAUGACAAAUGCAUUAACAGUGGUAUUCUUGGUUGAUUUAACGGAAUCUAACAUGAACAUAUGUUCUUAUUGGAUAUUACACAAAUAAAUUUGUGUUUUGCCCAC